AAGGGAGAAUAUCACCCCUCGAGUCUGUCCGACGGGAACUAACUGGCCACUUUGAAAAGUUGUUGUUAACCGACGACUCUAUCCUAAACACAUACCACAGCAACACGGUAGUUUUUACACGCACCAGCUCUGAGAAUAUACACAGGACAAAAUGCAUCAUAGUUGUUGCAUGUGGAUUUUAGUAAUCGCAACAGCGGUAUGGACGGAUGCUAUCACAGGACACGAGGACAAAGUGGGGAUUAAAAGUCAACAGGCGCAGCAACAGCAACAAUCCGAUAUCAUGCAAACAAUGGUGGACGCCGGCGAUCAUCAGACAAUGCAUAUGACGUCUCCGGCAGAGAGUUAUUUCAAUGAUCCACUGGGUCCGUUGGGCUAUUUGGCCAAGCGUGCGCACAAGCAAUACGGAUUUGGACUGGGCAAACGCCUUUACCGGCAGUAUGAGUUCGGGUUGGGCAAAAGGUCAGCGUCAAAGCAGUACGGAUUCGGUCUGGGUAAACGGGCUGCACUUAAGCAGUACGAAUUCGGCUUAGGAAAACGGGCUUCGCCAACCUUCUAUAGUUUUGGUCUGGGACGGCGGGCUUCGCCACAAUACAGUUUUGGACUCGGAAAACGGGUGUCGCACCCGUCAUUCUUAAAUGUGGACGAUCGGGAUUCGGACUACACGUACAACGACUUGUCGGAGGAGAGGAAGAGGACGGCGGACGAUAUGGGUCACGGCCAGCGGUUCGCCUUCGGUCUGGGCAAACGAGGUGCGGGGGCGGAAUGGGAAGACGGCGACGGUGAAGGCGACGACGCGGCGCCCAUCUGGCACCCGGCCGUCAGGCGGGCUCGUCUGCAGUACGGUUUCGGGCUGGGAAAAAGGGCUGACCGCGACUAUGACGCCGCUGCCGGUACGGAUUACGCGGAAACGCUACAAUUGGCCGACGACGUCGCCGCCGCUGACAUCAACAACUAAGAGAAAUAACAAAUUUUCGCCCAAACACACACACACACAAACACAAACACACAGACAUACAUAUAUAUACAAACGAACAGUCGUAAACGUAUUAUAGGUGGAGAUUAUUUUUUUGGGGGGGAGGGGAUCACGGAGACUUAGCUUACCGAUACAAUUUUUUUUUUUUUUUGAUUUUAACGUUUGACAAAUAUUGUUAUUUUACGACAUAUAAUACGGGAACGAUCUGUUAUUCUGUUAAAAUAUAAUAUUAUAUAGUAAUCGUAGCUACGGCCCGACUUCCCGACCCGUCUCGUCCUGGAAAUGAAAAUGAUUUAUUUUAUCAAAAAUAUUCGAAAACAACUAAACGGUUCAACAUGUUUUUUGGUGUUUUUGUUGUUAUUGAAAUAUUAUAAUGUAUUUGAUCAUUGUUAACUUUCAUUAAAAUAAUGACGUGUUGUAUGUAUCAAUGUCAAUCAUCACGGUUGAUUGCAUAAUACAACCAAUCGCCAAUCGGUAAUAUACCUAUAAUAAGAAAGGGAACACAGGCAUUUGAAAAAUAAUAGUUCGCGUAUUUGUUUGCCUUUUUAAAUGAAUGAUUUGUUCAAAAAUAUAAAAUAAAAUAAGCUCUCCUGAAAUCCAAUCGAAUCUCCACCUAUGAAACAUUUACAGUCAUGCAUAAUAUUUUAUAAAAAUCAGAAUCUACACGCAACUCGCAGAAACGUAUUAUUAAAAACAUUAAGAAAUAAAUUACAACAAUAAAGAAAACAGACCGAAGAUUUA